AACAUUUUUCUAACCUGCGGUUUCAUACGCAAAUUAUUGUAUCCGUUUGGUCAAUCUACGCCUUAUUUUUCUGUUCGCAUUUUUGUCUCCAUCAGCGACGACCUCUUCUCUUACCAAUCUUCUUGGAUCUACUAAAAGCGCUUCACCCACCAAAACACCUACCUUCAUCCUGCUUUCAUUGAUCUUCUUACGUUGUUUCUCAUUCUUCUGUUCAAUCUGCUACCAUGGCAUCUACCUCUAUCACUGGUGGUCCACCAGAGAGGGAAUCUCCAAAAAUUUCUCCAAGGCGUUCAUCCUGCUUUGGCCGGGUUUCUUUCUUUAAUAUUCCAUGUUGCUCUGCUCAAUCCAAGUCAAGGUCAGCUACUUCUACCAUACCAGAUAAUGAAGCACCCGCUUCUUUGGCUGUUGGUCGAUUGGAGAGGGAACCUGAUUCUAGCAGUAAGGCUGCUUUUGACGGAAUUGCACCAUCUGCAUCGACUUCUGCCUCGCAACGCACAAAAAAACCGUGCUACGAUGUAUUCAUCAAUCAUCGUGGACCAGACGUCAAAUACACCUUAGCUAGCACUCUGUAUACUAUCCUUACUGGUAUGUCACUCUCUGUUUUUCUGGAUUCACAAGAAUUGGAAUAUGGUGAUUUCUUGCCCCGAACAAUAGAAGCAGCAAUGGCCAGCGCUUCGCUUCAUAUUGCUAUUUUUUCAAAGACCUAUGCAGAAUCACGUUGGUGUUUAGCAGAGCUCUCAUUUAUGCUUAAAUCUGCGGCCAAAAUUAUUCCUAUUUUCUACCAUGUAGAUCCUAGUGAUCUCAGAUGCGUACAUCAAGGGAAAGGGAUGUAUGUUGAGGCAUUUAAAAAGCAUGAGCGGAAUGGUAAAUGCAGCCCAGAACAACUUCAGGAGUGGAAAACCGCACUCCACAACGUCUCAUUUUACGCUGGCCAAAUCGUUAAUACUAAAGAGGAUGAGAUGAAGCUGCUGAAGAAUAUUGUGAGUUGUGUUUUGAAAGAAAUAAAUAAUAAUCGGCCAUUAGUUGUUGCGAAACAUCCAAUUGGUCUGAAAGAAAUAGCGGAAGACUUUAAGGUAAAUGCACUCAGUUCUGCCCAUGCUAAUCAGGGUGUACAAAUCGUAGGAAUUUGGGGAUGGGUGGUUCUGGCAAGACCACCCUUGCAAAAGAGUUGUACAAUGAAAUAUCUUUUUCGAUGGAUAAGUCAAGUUUUGUGUUCGAUGUUCGAGAUGCUGCAACCAAAGGUCUUUUGCAUGAGAAACAGAAAAAACUUCUCAAUGACCUAGGCGUCCAAGGUUUAGCAUUUGACAAUAUUGAGGAUGGUGUGAGAAAUCUUUCAAGAGGGUUGAGAUCUGUUAGAGUAUUGAUUGUUCUUGAUGAUGUGGAUAAUAUGGAACAAUUCGAUGCUUUGUUGCCCACAAAAGACAACCUUCAGAAAGGUAGUCUCAUCAUUGUCACCACACGGGUAUGUGAUACUCUUAAAUCUUGGGGCAUUUCUUCUAUAUAUAAAAUGAGACAAUUAGAUCCAUUGUAUGCAAAGCAACUUUUUUGUUGGCAUGCUUUCUUAAAACCCAAUCCACUUGAUGGAUUCAAGGAACUUGUUGAACAGUUCUUAGAGGUAUGUAAUGGACUACCAUUGUCUCUUAAGGUAUUUGGAGCACAGCUCUAUGGUGAGUCCCGCAAAGAAUAUUGGAAGUCACAGCUGCAUAAGAUCUCCAAAAUAUUGCCUAAUGAUAUCAAGCAAAGGCUCAAAAUAAGUUAUGACUGCCUUGAUAAUGAAGAAAAAGAGAUGUUCCUCGAUACUGCAUGUUUCUUCAUUGGACAAGAAAAAAGCUUGACAAUUGAAAUAUGGAAUGGAAUGGGGUGGAGUGCUCUUCAAAGUUGGGAAAGGCUCUUGCAUAGGUGUUUGGUUGAGCUUGACAAUAAAAACUGCAUAAGAAUGCAUGAUCACAUAAGGGAUUUGGGAAGAGACAUUGCAAGUAAACACUCACCUUACCGGCUUUGGUUUCCUCAACAAAUGAUUGAUGUUCAAAAACAAAUUAAGAAAAGAAUUGGUAUUCAAGGAAUAGUCGCGACCUUAAGUCAAAUACAUUUGGAUGAUUAUUAUCAGGUACCAGUAGUAACCGAUAAAACUGAUGAGGUUGAUGGGUUUCGUGUUUGUUGCUUGGACGGGAAACUCAUGGUUAACACAAAUGGAGGAAUUUGGUCGCUCACACCCUCUUUAGUUGGACUAAAAUACUUAGUGGCCAGUGGAGAUAAUUUUAAUCAAGUAAUGAGUGAUAUAUCAAGAGAGAUGAUCUGGCUUCGCUGGUUCCAAAUUGGCCAGCGAAAUCUUCCUUCGAAGCUUCCACUGAGAAAUUUGAGGGUUUUAGAACUUAGUGAAAGAUCGGAUGCAGAACAUCAUCACUUAGAAGAGCUAUGGGGGGAGACUGACGGCAAGGGUCCUUUGCAGUUAAGGCAAUUGCUUAUUUCUCAUUGUCACAACUUUCAAGGUUUUCCAAAUUCAAUAGGAUUUCUUAUUCAUUUGAAAAAGAUUGUAAUCAUUGAGAGCCACAAUUUAACGAGUCUGCCAGAUGAAUUUUGCCAUCUUCAAUCACUGGAGCGCUUGGUAUUAUUCCUGUGUAAAAGGCUGUCAUCACUACCGAGCAAUUUCGGCAAUUUGAGCAAUCUGUGGCAUCUAAAUUUGUGGAACUGCAUGGAGUUGAGGGGGUUGCCUGUUACUUUUAAAAAUCUAAAGCUACUAAAAUAUCUCAAUUUAGGGCGGUGUAGUCAGCUCACAUUCACAACAGAGGACUUAAACUUUCUGGAAAACGUAACGAAGCUCGAGUUUUUGAACCUUUCUCAGUGCAAAAAAUUGGAAGAGUUGCCUCGUCAAGUCACUAAUCAGGCGUCCUUGAGAGAGCUCUAUUUCAGCGGUACGAGUUUAAGGGAGCUACCAGAUGACAUAGGUCAACUCAAGAGGCUGACAGGGAUGACGAUACAUCAUUUGUCGCUGACAAGUUUACCGACCUCUCUUGGAGAUUUGUCUUCCUUGACUUAUCUUGUAAUCAGAGAUUGUCCUAGGCUAGAAUGUCUAGGAGUGAAAUGUCUACCAGAAUCAAUUAGGCAACUGAAGAACCUUCAAGAGCUGAGAUUGUACGAUUGUCCAAUCAGCGAAUUAGAUUUUGGGGCAGCAUCAUUACCUCGUUAUGGAUUGAGCAAGCUGAAGCAGAUAGCUCUAAAAGAGACAGAAGUAUGCAGAAUUUCAUUUUCUGAAGACUGUUGUCCCCACUUGGAGAGUCUCCGUCUUUUCAACAAUCAUCAUUUAAAGGAGAUCGAAGAACUGCCAAGGACCCUGAAGUCAAUAUGUUUGGAAAACUCUGAAAUGCUGAAGAACAUUCCGAGUUUUGCAGGAUUUACUUCUCUCAGAAAAUUUCAUCUAAGAGGUUGCUACGGAAUUGAGAAAAUUGAAGGUUUGGAAAAUUGCACAAGACUGGAAAAAUUGACUGUUGAGACCUGCUGGGAGGUACCGGGAAUCGAAAGCUUGGAACACAUGCAGAAUUUGAAGAAGCUGAAACUCAGAGCAAACAACGGAUCAGUUAUUGAACGCUGUAUUCAUAGGAUACGGAAAUGUGCAGAUGAAGAAAUAAUAAUAUGUGCACGGGCAGUCCCUGAUGCAGCCUCACUUGUACACUCCUCACUCUCUCCGAAUCUCAUCAUCGUUGACUCCAUCUCCAACCAGAAUAUUAAGUCCAGGCCAAAAUUGUUGCUGAAGAGUCCCACCAAUGAUGAUGCCAUCAUGUUCUGUUGUGUUAUAAAUUGUGUUUCUUCACAAAUGACACUACGGAGUAAACGGAAAGAAUAUUCAGUAGAGGUUGGUAAGGGUAGAUGGGCAUUGGUAGGUGUUGUCACACAACGUUGCAUUGGAAUAGAAGAAGAAGACUGCGGACAAGUCGAGUUCUCAAUAAGAGGACACGAGUACGUAGAAUACUGGGGAGAAGUGGAGAAAGGUUUGGUUGUGAGAGGAGCAGAGCAAGCAGCAGUGGAGGCAUUCCGCAGUUUAUUGCCGCUUUUGUUGCAAAGUUAAUAGAGUUACUUAACAAAAGCAAAUUGGCAACCAUUCAUUGUUUUAUGUAAACUAAAGAAUUCAUAAUAUUUGUUAAAGUUAAUAUUUA